AUGGCUGCUAUUGAGGAAUUGGAGCUUUUGGGUUCUGUGGGAAGCCCAUUUGUGAUUAAGGUUCAAAUUGCUCUGAAAUUGAAGGGAAUUGAAUACAAAUAUGAGGAAGAAAAAUUGGGUAAUUUGAGUGAAAAACUGCUCAAUUAUAACCCAGUUUAUAGGAUGGUUCCUGUUUUGGUUCAUAAUGGGAAACCCAUCUCAGAGUCUCGUGUGAUUCUUGAGUAUAUUGAUGAGACAUGGAAACAAAAUCCAAUCUUGCCUUCUGAUCCUUACAAAAGAGCUUUGGAUCGUUUCUGGUCAAAAUUUAUAGAUGAUAAGUGUGUGGUUCCGGCAGCGAAAACUAUUUUUAUCCCUAAUGAGAAAGAACAGGAGAAGGCUAGAGAAGAAUUAUUCGAGGCAUUGCAGUUUCUUGAGAAUGAGCUUAAGGACAAGUUCUUUGGAGGAGAGGAGAUUGGUUUUGUGGAUAUUGCUGCUCUCUUUAUCCCUUUAUUUCAAGAAGUAGCAGAGAAACAGUUGUUUUCCAGUGACAAAUUUCCCAAGCUACACAAGUGGAGUCGAGAUUUUUGCAACCAUCCAGUAGUCAAGGAAAUUAUGCCGUCAAAAGAUCAACAAUAUGCGUAUUUCAAAGCUCGCGCUGCAAGCCUUGCUGCUCCAUCAAAAUAG